UCUCAGUUACCCCUUUUAUUUUUUCUUCCAAGAUUUUACACUCGCCUCCGUCAGUGUCUGUUUUUUAUUCUCUUUUCGUGUUAAAUCUUCUUCCUGAGAGAAAUAGAAAUGAAGCCUUUCAAUUUGCCUUAAUUUUUUGAGUUAGGGGUUUCUUGGAGCUUCAAUUAAAAGUUUGAUGAUUAAGAGAAGUUAUAAGCAUUUUUGAGAACUUUCCAGGAUGAAUCAGUGAUCAACAGCUGGAAAGUAACAAGAGAGAAAGGAAAUUGAAUUUUUAUUGGCUUUUCCUUUUUUGUUUUUGGUAAACAAACAUGGUGGGGGUUGAAUUUUGUGAACUUGUGUGUUGAAAGUUUAAGAAUUCCUUGAUUUUGAGUUGAAAAACUUAUUUUUUUUUCCCUUUUUUAUAUCAAUCUGUUAUGGGUUUUUGUUAUUUGAUUCAAUAAUGACUUCUUUCCUUUUUAUCAAGAAAAAUAAUCGAGGGUUUUAGGAAUGUUAAUGAGUGCUAGUGGGGAUUGUAAUUGGCAAAACAAUAAUGAUUGUUGUAUUGUUGUCAAAGAUUGAUUGGAUGGGGAAGAGCAAAUUGGGGAUUGGAAGUAUCUCCAAUUAGAAAUUUUAUUUUUGAGAUUGGCUUGGAUUGUUAAGGAUACUUUAGGGUUGUCUCAUUGUUGAGCUCAGUUUUUGGUUCUAAUGGAUGACAUUGAGGAUGAUGCUAGAUAUCCUCCAAAUCCUUUUGGUGUUAGCUACCAGCAGGGGUAUGGUUCUUCAAAUCGCCAAAAGCUUCCUCUAAGAAAUAUUCCGAGUUCUAGACCAAUUAGGAAUCAAUAUGUUGACGAUGAUGAAGAUGGGGAGGACGAAGUGGAGGAUUUGGGAGAAGAAGAGGAAACUCUUAACAGAAGUAAUGGUGUCCGGUAUGUAGGAAAAGGCAUGGAUGACGACAAUGAAGAUGAUGAUGACGACGACGAAGAUGAUGACUUGCUUGAUGAUGAUGAUGAUGAGGAUGAUUAUAAUGAAGGUGGUGAUGAUCGAAAGAAUGUUGUUGCCAACUUGGGGAGGCACCCAAAAAAGAGGAAAUUGAAGAGUUUGGUGUCAAGUUAUGAAUUUGCUCCUCGAGUACCAGCACCAGCAGUUUCAGCUCCAUCAGUGUUAAAGUCCUCAUAUGGUGGGAGGAAUUCUCUUACGGAUUGGACUGAGCAUGAGACAUUGGUUUUGCUAGAUGCCUGGGGUGACUGCUUUUUGCAAUGUGGGAGGAAGAGUCUGCGAACCGAGGAAUGGCAAGAAGUUGCAGAGAAGGUUUCAGAGAUUUCGAAGAUUGAAAGGACUGAGACACAAUGCAGGAAUCGGUUGGAUACAUUGAAGAAGAAAUAUAAAAAGGAAAAGGCUAUGCUGACAGAGACUGGUGGUACCACUAGCAAAUGGGUUUAUUUCAAGAAGAUGGAUAUGCUGAUGUCAACUCCUCCACAGCAGGGUCGUCUCUCUUGCGGAUUUGACUCGGGUGAAUACGUAUUUAUGAACCCUCGAGUUUAUUUGAACCGAGCAAAUGGUUUGGAUGAAAUGAGGGAUAGUCCAGCCAAUUCUGAAUUCGCUGACAGUGAGGAGGAUGUCUCAGAUGGACUACCACCUAAAAAGAGAAGAUUUGGGAGGCAAUCUGGCGAGGAUUCUUCAGUCAAAUUGCUUGCAGAUUCUAUCCAGAAAUUCAGCGACAUAUAUGAAAAAAUUGAGAAUAGUAAAAGGCAGCAGAUGUUGGAAUUGGAGAAGAUGAGAAUGGAUUUUCACAGGGAGUUGGAAAUGCAGAAGAGGCAGAUCAUGGAGAGAGCCCAGGCUGAAAUUGCGGAACUACAGCAUGGUGAGAAUGAGGCGAAUGAUGCCUCCGGUGAGAAUGCUAGUGGGUAAUAUAUGCAAAACCCAGUUAUCUUCUUUAUAACAUUCAUCAGAUUUUGGCUGUUAAAUGUUGUUGUAUGGUAUAUGGGAGCCUGUUGCCAAAUGCCGUUGUGAUAAACAAUAAUAACACGGAAUACAUGCUGUUAUCAUUCAAAAUCAAGUAGAAACUUGUACUGAAUUUAGUGAAGAUCAUUACUCCCAUUCCAUGUUAUAGUUUAACUGAUGCGUCAUUUUUUCAAGGUGAAUGAAUGGCCAAGUGCCUAGAUGUUUUGUUCUUGUCUA